AUGGUAGAGGAGGUUCUCCACAUCGCCGUUAACACUCCCCAAAUCUACGAAGUUCCCAAAUCACAGCGUUCCCGUUUGCUCGCCAUUCUCCAAAGCUAUCUUCAAAAAAGAGUGAUGCAAUUCCUCCAAGGUUGUUCCGAUGACCCUGAAGAACUGAGUCAUCGCCAGCUGGAAGCCAAUCGCUUUCGAUCGAUUGUGAUGAAGCAGGUCUAUCAGCUAUUGCGCGAGGAGCAGGAGCGCGAAAUGUCCAUGUCGUCGACUGUGAUGAAUGGCUUUGAGUACUAUUUCAAAGAGAACGCAAACCCGUUCAAUGAUAUGAUUGAGAAGCGAUGGCAUGUGGAUGAAAUCGAGGAAAUCGAGGUGACUCCGAUUCGAGAUGAGUUCGAGGCAAAGCGAAAGCGAAUAAACGAUGAGUAUUUGGAUUCACUGCUUCAUCCGAGUUUGAAAAUAGAGGCAGAAAGGGACGAUGAAAAGGACGAAGAGAUCGGAAAAGUGAUGUUAUACACGAAUUUGAAAGAUUUAAUCAGUGUGGAUGAUCCGUCUGUGAGACGUUAUCCCGAUGAAGUUGGCGUAGACAUCACAGGCGAUGCAGAGUUUUCGAUGAUGUUAAAGGAAAUGAAGGACGAAAAUGAGUUGCUAAAGGAGAUGAAUAAGCAAAUGGACGAAAUCGAGGGAGUUGGGAAAGGAAUGAAUGAAUGGAAUGGAAGAGAAAAAGAAAAAGAGGAUGAAAGUGAUGAUGAUGAUAAUAAUCGUAGUUUGGAUGUCAAACUAGAGGAAGAAUUGAAGAAAAUGGAUGGGAAAGGAAUGAAAGAAAUUGUGGAAAAUGGAGAAGUGAAAGAAGCGAAUCCUAUGGCUUUUUCGAAGAAUCGAAUUGAAGGAGAAUCCAAUGAAUCCAAUGAAUCCAAUGAAUCCAAUGAAUCCAAUGAUUCCAAUGAUCUAAAAGUAUCGAAUGAAUCAAAAAGAAGAGUCGAAUUGAAUGCAUUAAAUGAAUCAAACAAUCUCAUUCCCCCUGGUCAUUCACAUGAAUCAACAGAAGCGAAAGAAAUCACUUCUAUUGCUUCUCCAUCACUCAUCGAAUCCACGUCUUCAGUCCCUCUUUCUCCCAUCCCCAAAGAGGUGAAGGAGGACAAAUAUCUCUUGGAAGUCAGCAAAAAUGGAGAUAUCGCGUUAAAGACAAAAGCUACAAAACCGGAAACCAAACCAUCCGAACAGGAAGAACACAUCAAAACGAUCCUCGAAGCAUCCGCUGAGCAGCUCCAACAGAUUCGAAAAGAUCUCUCUCAAAAGUACCGACACUUUUCAAGCCAAAACGCCUUUGUGUCAGAAAACAUCAUUAUGGAUAUCGUCGAAAUCCUGCACAUUUUUGGAAUUCCAUAUGUAUUCGCUCCGGGAGAAGCAGAAGCUCAGUGUGCCUUUCUGGAUCUAAUGGAGUUAGUGGACGGAGUGAUUAGCAAUGAUUCGGAUGUGUUUGCUUUCGGCGGAAAGACCAUGUACCGCAAUUUCUUUGUGGACAAUCGGUUUGUUGAAGUGUACAAAAUCGAAGACAUCGAAAAGGAACGAGGAUUGAAUCGAAAUCGAAUCAUCGAAUUGGCUCUUCUUCUCGGAUGUGAUUAUUGCGAAGUAGGAAUAUGUUUUAGCAACAUUUGA